GCUCGUCGUUCCCAAUAAGGGCUAUUCGUCGUUAGACCAGAGUCCAGAUGAAAAGCCACUGGUAGCCCUGGAUACGGACAGUGAUGAUGACUUUGACAUGUCCAGAUAUUCCUCCUCGGGAUACUCAUCAGCUGAGCAGAUCAACCAAGACUUGAACAUCCAGCUGCUAAAGGAUGGGUACCGGUUAGAUGAGAUCCCAGAUGACGAGGACCUCGACCUAAUCCCCCCUAAAUCAGUCAACCCUACCUGCAUGUGUUGCCAAGCCACCUCCUCCACCGCCUGUCACAUCCAGUAG